UUUCUUUUUUUUUCUUUGUUUUCUUUCUUUUUUUUUUAAUGGAAAAAGAGACCUUUGAUAAGAUUUGUGAUACAAAAAUGAACAGGUGGCCAAAUGAGCCCCACUUCUAUACUUCUUCCCAUAAUAUGAACUCUGGAGAAGAGAGGGAUGUAUCUGAAACGCAUUCAAUGACAUGGCUCGUUUCAGAGAAAAACAUACUCCAGGCAGUUCAGGAACAAACUGAAAUUAGAAUACUUUUCUCCUGGAGUGGCUGCGCUUCUUUGUGGACUUGGUAUUUUUCUCACAGUUAUUCUCCAAGCUUCUGGUCUUAGAAUUCAGAGUGUUGUUCUACCAAUGGCCUAAGUCUAGUCUAUUCCUGGCACAUUGUAUGGAGACCCUUAUGUUAAACAUCAGUUCCCAAAGAUUAACUGGUACCAUGUCACGAAUCUGCAAGGUUUCUGGAGCAGGAAAUUUUGGUAAACGCCAAAAGGGGAACAGAACCAUUCAGCAUUUCAGUUCCAUUAUAUUGCAGACAACAAAGACUCAUCUGCAGUACCUCUUUACACACAAUACUGGUUUCCUUACCUGACUCAGACAAAUCAUUGGUAAUUUAAAAUAACAUGAAAACUUAAGCAGAUUCUCUGUUGGAAAUACUUGACACUGAUCACUUUAAGGUAGAGAAACAUUUAGCGUGUGUGGUUGUGUGUUGAAAAACUGAUUAAGAGUUCAUAUCAAGCAUGGGACAAUAACAGUAAAAGAACAGAAGCCUGUUUUCUAACUAACGGUGAGAUUCAGACCUCAAAGUCUCACAGCAUGAUGUGUGAUAUAUUUGCUGUUGACUGACAGUGGCUGAUCUGGUGCACAAGUUUGAGCUCGGAGUAAUCCUGAGAGCUAGAUGUCUCUGGCUGCUGGCAAAUUCCCUCCCUCUCUUAGAACUAUGAGACUGUCACUAGUCCUCUCCCUUCUUAUUCCCCUUCCUCUUCCCUUUGUUUUGUCUGUGCUUUUCCCUUCUCUUUCCUCCCCUUUCUCCUUCCCUUGGCCCUAUCCCUUUUCCUUCCCCUCUCCCUGCCCUUUCACAAUCCCUUCACCUUUUUGUCAGUGUGCCUUCCUCUUUUCCUUUUCCCUUCCCUUUCCCUUUCCCUUCCCUUUCCAUCUUCUGGAAUCCCUUCUUCAAGCUCCAAGUGUCACAUUUUGAAUAAUGUAGAACUAUCUUAGUUUACAUUAUUGGAAAUAAUAUAAUCCUAAAUUUGGAUGCUUUGUUCAGAGACUGCUUGGUAUAUGAUAAGGUAUAAACACUGGGAGAAGGCACAUUAUCUUCAGCUGUGGGGCAGUUCAAGAUAAAACAAAUGGGAAUAUGGAUACCCUGUUAGCUAGACAAACAAUAACCGAUAGCAUUCAUUCAUCUCUGUGAAAUCUGUCAGCUGCAGUAGGAACUUUAUCAUUUUGCAGGAGUAUAAAUGGCCAGCAGAAAGACCACCAGCCUUAAGCUGAAGGCACCAUGCAAGUCCUUCUCCUCCUCGCAGCUGUAGGGCUUUGCUGGGCACAGUAUGACCCCAACACUCAGACUGGGAGGACGUCUAUCGUGCAUCUCUUUGAAUGGCGCUGGGACGAUAUUGCUCUGGAGUGCGAACGCUAUUUAGCUCCUUAUGGAUUUGGAGGAGUUCAGGUUUCUCCUCCAAAUGAAAACAUUGUCAUUACUAAUCCGAACCGGCCCUGGUGGGAAAGGUACCAGCCCAUCAGCUACAAGAUCUGCAGUCGAUCAGGCACUGAAGAUGAAUUCAGAGACAUGGUGACCAGAUGCAACAACGUUGGAGUUCGCAUUUAUGUGGAUGCUGUUGUCAAUCACAUGUGCGGAUCUAUGGGUGGCACAGGCACCCACUCAACGUGCGGGAGCUAUUUCGACACCGGGACUAGAGAUUUUCCCGCGGUGCCGUACUCUGCCUGGGAUUUCAACGACGGCAAAUGUCAGACCGCCAGUGGAGACAUUGAAAAUUAUGGGGACAUCUAUCAGGUCCGGGAUUGUAAGUUGACUAGCCUUCUUGAUCUGGCUCUGGAGAAGGACUAUGUACGCUCAACAAUUGCAGAUUACAUGAAUCACCUCAUUGAUAUGGGUGUAGCAGGGUUCCGGAUCGAUGCUGCCAAGCAUAUGUGGCCUGGGGACAUAAGUGCGUUUCUGGCCAAAUUGCACAAUCUAAACACUCAGUGGUUUUCAGCAGGAACAAAACCCUUUAUUUUCCAAGAGGUAAUUGACUUGGGAGGAGAGCCAAUCACAGGCAGUCAAUACUUUGAAAAUGGCCGAGUGACAGAGUUCAAGUACGGUGCAAAACUGGGGACGGUGAUCCGCAAGUGGGAUGGAGAGAAGAUGGCCUACUUAAAGAACUGGGGAGAAGGCUGGGGCUUUGUGCCUUCUGACAGAGCCCUGGUCUUUGUGGAUAACCACGACAACCAGCGGGGGCACGGGGCAGGCGGAGCUUCCAUUCUUACCUUCUGGGAAUCCAGGCUUUAUAAAAUGGCAGUUGGUUUCAUGCUCGCUCAUCCGUACGGGUUCACGCGGGUGAUGUCAAGUUAUCGUUGGCCAAGAUAUUUUGAGAAUGGAGAGGAUGUCAACGACUGGGUUGGACCGCCGAGUAACUCGGAUGGAUCGACGAAGUCCGUGACAAUCAAUGCCGACACUACCUGUGGCAACGACUGGGUCUGUGAACAUCGCUGGCGACAAAUAAGGAACAUGGUUGUCUUCCGUAACGUGGUAGACGGUCAGCCUUUCUCAAACUGGUGGGACAAUGAUAGCAAUCAAGUAGCUUUCGGUCGUGGCAACAAAGGCUUCAUUGUCUUUAAUAAUGACGACUGGAGCUGCCUGUACGCUUUGAUUUUCUCCUGUCCUUUCCGGACAGCGAGACCAACCGCUACAGCCUGAGCUAGAUUCACACGGUUGCGUUCUAGUUGUGAGGGGCUACAAAGGGAGUUUAGAGAAGCGGGGCCCUCAGUCUGAGAAAUCCCUUGCGAUGCAUCAUCCUCACAAGUAGCGGAAUUGCAUCGGGCUCAGCAGUCCUUUGCCUGCUUUGAAAUUCCUCUUUUGAAAGCCAUGCUUUAAGCAGUGUAC